GGCUCUCUCGACUGACUCUUCCAGUUACCUGGGGCGUUAGAGGCGUGGCCUCCGCAGCGCACCUUUCCACCCUUUCAGCGCACCUUUCCCUCCCUCCUCGCGGCUGAGAGAGAGACAGUCCGGCGGGUUGGGUUGGAGCCCCGCGUGUCCAGCCAUGGAACCCGUCUCGAGCUGGAGCUGCGCGCGAGUCAGCAAGUGGUUCAGAGGUUUGGAUGCGUCUCUGCAGCAGUAUACGUUUGAAGAGUGGAAGCUGAGUGGAGCAGAUCUGCUGCAGUUAUCUUCUAAUCGACUGGAGAAGCUCGGAGUGCACAAGAUUGGACAUCAGGAGCUCAUUCUAGAAGCAGUAGAGAAGCUCUGCAGCCUGACGUACGGUGCAUGUGGGGAGACCCUGCGCAGUGUAACAGAGAAGCUGCGGGCGGUCGCUCACUCUCUGCAGAUGGGAGUUCAGGGCCGCUGGCGUGUAAACACUUAUGAUGGGCAGAGCAACACCCAGCUGUCUCCUCAGGUACUGCAGGUGGUGGUGGAUCUCAUCACUGCAUCUAAAGGACUGUUCUACAUGUUAGAAAGGUAUCAGUGCAACGAGUUUACGGGAUACAGUUCCAAUAAGAACAUCAUUACUCUGUGCACGGAGUUGGGCACCAUCGUCCACAAGGACGUCACAGUCUUUGAGAAGGAGAAGGACAUCAUAGCGACUUCUCGUCAGUUGGUGGCGAUCUGUGAUGAAAUUCUCACCAGUGUUCCAGAGGCUGUGCUUGCCCACAGUGCUCAGCUGCACAAUGUAGACCUGGUGCCCAUCUCUCCUGGAGAACAACUGGGUAUCGAGAUCACGUCCACUGCCUCCAGCCAUCACUUCAUCUCCGGAACAGCAGCUGAGUCUCCAGCAGAGUUCUCCGAGAAGAUCUUGGCAGGAGACGAGGUCAUUCAGGUCAAUGACCAGAUUGUGGUUGGCUGGAGUAGGAAGAAUCUGGUGGCAAAGCUUCAAGAGAACCCAAAUGGAGUGACUUUACUGCUGAAACGAGUUCCAGUGUCUCUCAGACGGAAGGAGAAAACAGAAUCUCUCACUCGGUCAAAUAAGGACAAGCACCAAGAGUCUGUCGUCUCUGGUGAGAGGGAAGAGGAAGAGGAGGAAGACCGGAGGAGCAGGGGCUCUGUCUUUGAGAGAGUGGCUUCAUCUGUCCGCUCCACCGUGUCCAGGAUCUCAGUUUCGCCCCCUGAUGGUCAGCAGGUGACGACACAGGAAGACUCAGACCUGUUUAGUGACAGCAGCUUUGAUGGAACACACCCUGCACUUCUCCACCAGCAGGGGGCGGUGUUAGAGGGGGCAUCGCUUGGUGUAACAAGGAGUCCGUCUUCCCUCAGUCUGGACUCCAACAGGUCCAGGGUCGGCUCCUGCCCCGAGAUGAGGGGCAGUGUGGAGGAGAAGGAGACCAAGAAGUGCUCCACCAAAGGCACACGGACAGCGAUGAGUCGCAGGCGGGUGUCCUGUCGAGAGCUGGGCCGGCCAGACUGUGAUGGGUGGCUGUGGAAGAAAAGAAAAGACACGAAUGUGUUCACGACUCAGAAAUGGCAGAGAUUCUGGUUCGUCCUCAAAGGAGUAACCAUGUACUGGUACACCAGUCAACAGGAAGAGAAAGCUGUAGGUCUGGUGAAGAUUGGGAGCUACAGCAUAGAGAGCGCAGGAGAGCACAAAAGAAAAUAUGUCUUUAAAAUGUUCCACCCACGCUUUCAGAACUUCUUCUUCGCUGCUGACAAUGUUACCGACAUGAGCAAGUGGAUAAACUGUCUCAUAACGGCCAUUCAGAAAUACAAAAAACUCCAGCAGAACCCUCCAGACACUGAGGCCGAGUGUUACAGUGAGACGGAGUCAGAGGAGGAUGGGUCAAACUCACCCCGAAUUAUAAAGAAAAAAGUCUCUACGGCCCAGUCCAAUACCCUCCCUCGAACACUAGGGAGAAAGAAUAAAGCAGCAGGUGGCACUGGAGUAACAACUUCACCAGCAGGGGGCACUAAAACUGCAGGAGCUCCGGACGAGAUGGGCGAGCUGUUUAAUAAGCUGAAAGAGGGAGGAGUGUCUCUGAUUGGUCAGAAUCAGCCAACCACUCAUGACCAGCUAAGGAGGUCCUUUAUCCGUCGUAACAAAAACCCUGUUAUUAAUGAAAAGGUCCACACACUCCGCGCCUUGCACAGUACACUAAAGGCAAAAGAAACGGAGUUAGUGCUCUUAAACAAGCUUCUGGAGGAUUCAGAAAUGACGCCGCAGAAGUUCAGACAGUGGAAACAGAGAAACGAGGACCUUCACCAAGAGAUUGAGAAACUUGCUGCUGAAAAAAGAAAGAAACAUGCAGAAUCAACCCCAAAGAAGACCCCCGAAAAGACCCCGGCUAAGACAACCAGCGAGGCCGGCAGUCUGAGCGAUGGAGAACAGCUGGUGGAUGCUGAGCCACAUAACGAUGGAAAAUCUGCCCAGGAGUCCCUUUCGGAAGAGCCGGCCGAUGAAAGAGGAGAUAGCAAAUCCUCUGAAAAUUUCUUCUACAUCUGAGCCCAGCACAACGUCUGCUGGCCAACGAGGUGUUCCUCCACCCUUCCUCUGUUCAGAGCCGGAUGUUUCCAUUUUCCAGCCUCUUUUGAGGAAUAAUUGACAUCAGUGUUGCUAAGCAACAUAUGUUAUAUGUAUUUCUAAGAUGGCUUGAUUGGCUAGCUAAUCACAGCAGCUCAUUUUCAGUGAGUUGUGGUUGUUUUAUUGUCUUCGCUUUUCAAGUGGAGCUUGUGGGUAACACUGCGAGUUUGUAAAUAUAUGUUUUACAGAUUAUUCUGAAAUAAAUAACACUGGAGUUAUUGAAAUAUAAUAACUUUGACUCUUCUGAGCUACUAUGGAGCAGUAUGAACACACAAUGGAUGAGUUUUUCAUUGCAUCAGAGAUACAAUGAACCUUAACACGAGUCAGAAAUGCUGGACAUGUGCAGAAGAAGCACCACCAUGUUUCUGAUGAUACAUAAAUAUAUAUGGAUGGAACAUUGUUAGCCAUCACUGGAGAGGAAUCCAAGUCUUUAUUUUAGCAGCCUGUAUUCAGCUGGAUCUGUGUUCACACCCAGCGGGUAAAAGCGGCCCAAAUCAUGUUAUCAGUAUGAAUGUGCAAAAAACUGCAAAGAAACAAAAUAAAUCUGACAUUUUUAUUCUGAUUUGGGCCAUUUUCAUAUGUGGUAUUAAAAUCUAAUCUCUGAUAUCUGAAUUCAUUGCAAAGUAACUCAGUCUGAACAGCAGAUCGGUAUUUAUGUGACUUUUUCAUCAAUACUAAUAUAUAUAUGCCCUGAAGUGUCAUGUGAAUUAUUGCUUUUUUUAUACCUGCAUGUAAGUUUGAGCUUGAACUGUUCAGGCGAAUGUUUAAUCUAGGUCACAUAACAGCAAUGAACACUGUGAACAGUUUAAAAAUACCCGAUUUAGUGAGAAAAUCAGAUUUAAACCAGUUCACUUAGUCCUUUUUUGGUACAUCCAUCCACCACAGUUCAACCAGAGACCAGGACUUAUCAAAGCUUCAUAGAAUCAAAUCAACCAACCUCAGUUUAUUUCACAUUAAUCUGAAAGUGAAUUGGCUUGAAUUGACUGCAGUGCUGUUUGUGUUUACACUAUACAAAAAGUGAACUCUAAAGUGAAUUCAAUUUUGUUUUGGGUUUUCUUCGGCAGCGAUGAGGUCUGAAUUAUGGAUAAUGUGGUUCAAGGGCUUCAUAUUGUAUAAAUAAGAGGUGGGUUUCCAAAAUGAUUGUAGCACUAAGCACUUCAAAGCCUCAUAACUCUAAAGCACAUUAUUAAAAUGACAAGCAUUUUCCAAAAAUCUUUGUAACAAAUGUAGUAUUUACACCUGUUAAGUAACUUAAGAGAAUUCCAACUCUUUUGUGACUUACUAAGUACUUCUUAACUUGAUGUUUGGUGUGAAGUUCCACAUAAAAAAAUGAAAAUCAGGUGCUGACACACUGAUGAUCUGAUGGUUCAGAUGAUCUAAGCUGGUCUGGUUAAGAUGGUUGAAAUCUGGUCAUCCAGAUUUACUACAUAGAGAAUUACUACAUACUGGUAAGAUGCUGGGUACUUGGCUCUUUUUUUAGCACAUUCAAUGUUACAUUUAAUUCUGGUCAUACUGAUUGACAGGAGUGUGAGGAGAUCUAGUGCCAUGAGAUCUUAAGAGAUAAACCAUCAAACAAAACAUACCCUGUAAUGAUCAAGAGCUUAGACGUUAAAAAUAAAUAAAUAUUUAAUAUGUAACUGCCUUGUAUGCCAAAAAAAUCUAGACAAAAAUUAUGUGAUUAAUAUGUUCCUAGUAUUACAUAGACAGUGUAGCAAUUCCCUCAGUAUGAAUGUCAUUAAUUCAGGUCUAAAUCUAAAUAAAGGUUUAUAAUGUUU